AUGCCUUCCAGUCAAUUGUUGCCUGCCGCUCCGGCGGAAACAACCGGAAGUCAACCGAUAUCAGAACAGACGCCACUGUUGGCUGAUCGGGCCGCGGGGCCAGUCGAGGUCCAGGAACCAAGCACAAAGCGACUAGUCUUGGUUUUGGGGAGCAUCUGGCUAGGGGUUUUUCUCGCAGCCUUGGACAGCACUAUAGUGGCCACUCUCACCGGGCCCAUAUCCUCUUCUUUUAACUCUCUGUCACUGCUCUCCUGGCUAGCGACGGCAUAUUUGAUAUCCAACGCAGCUUGCCAACCUCUUUCUGGGCGCUUGACCGACAUAUUCUCUCGAAAAGCGGGACUGAUCUUCUCAAAUGUCGUUUUUGCUAUAGGAAACCUCAUCUGUGGCCUUGCCCGGAGCGAAUGGACUAUCAUUCUGGGACGAAUCAUUGCGGGAAUGGGAGGUGGUGGCCUAACAGCCAUUGCAACCUUUGUCACCUCAGACCUUGUUCCUCUUCGCAGACGUGGUGUCUGGCAAGGAAUUGGCAACAUCUGCUUCGGUCUCGGAAGCGGACUCGGUGGUGUAUUUGGCGGGUGGAUUCAUGACACGCUGGGAUGGAGAUGGGCUUUUUUGAUACAGAUCCCCUUUGUCGUGAUCUCCACAAUCCUCGUCGCUUUUACCGUCCAAAUUCCUGCCAAAGAAUCCCAUCCAAAGGAUAAGCUCAAACGAGUGGAUUUCCUUGGGGCAAUCACUCUGGUCAUUGCCCUGGUACUACUACUACUUGGUCUCAAUACAGGAGGGAAUCAAGUGCCGUGGACACAUCCCCUCAUUCUAACGACACUACCUCUCUCCGCCGUUGUCCUAGGUCUCUUCAUCUACAUUGAAGCAAAUUCUGCGUCUGAGCCCAUUAUUCCGGUCCGCUUGCUGCUUAACCGUACGGUUCUGGCAGCCUGUCUAACCAAUUGGUUCACCACGAUGAACGUAUUCGGAUUGCUUUUUUACGUGCCAAUAUUCUUCCAAGUCCAAGGUCUAUCAGCAACAGCUGCAGGUCUAAGACUGGUCCCUCAGGCUAUCGGUUGCUCUAUUGGCUCGCUAGGAGCUGGCUUCCUGAUGCGUUCGAGCGGCCGCUACAAGAUCUACAACUACAUCACCAUGUUUCUUCUAGUUGCAUCUUCCGCUCUUAUCUGCACUCUGACGUUUAAAACACCAACGGCACUUCCUCUCCUAUAUUUCCUGGUCUCCGGAACCGCGUACGGAGGCAUGCUCACUAUCACUUUGGUGGCUCUCAUUUCUGCAGUGGACCAUGAGCACCACGCCGUCAUAACUUCGGCGUCCUACGCAUUCCGCAGCACUGGGAGCUCAAUUGGUAUAACCAUUGCCUCUGCUGUCUUCCAGAACGUGCUGAAGAACGGACUUUGGUCACGCUUUGGCGACCGUGACCAUGCACGAGAGGUGAUAUCGCGCCUUCGCGAUAGCCUUGGGGAGAUUCGAAAAGCCCCAGCCGACUGGAUUCCAGGAGUUUUAGAUGCAUAUCUGGACUCGCUGCGAGCUACGUUUAUUACCUUGCUUGGUGUUGCUGCGCUAGGUGCACUGGUCAGUGUCGCUAUGCGAGAGCACAUGUUGCAUUCUAACCUAUCUCGGACAAACGAGUAG